UUGAUCCUUUCAAGAAUCAAGGGUGCCUAAUGCCCAAAGAUUCGCUAUAAAAAACCUAUGCACUUCCUACCAGACCGUUAAAGUUUCCAAAAGGAAUCCAAUCCCAAGAAGCACAAACUGUCAAGGGGGAAGGGGGUAACAAAAAGGGAGAGGGUAACCAAAGGGGAAGUGAAAGAUCAGAAAAGAGCAAGGAGAUGGAAGAAGAGCAAUCUCUCACAAUAAAGGUCAUUUCAUCAAUGGUGUUUGCAGCAGCUUCGGUUCUGCUGGGACAACUCUACCAUGCCUUGGUGCUCAAGCCCAAAAGAAUCCGAUCAAAGCUGAGAAGACAAGGGAUAAAAGGGCCUUCACCAGUUUUUUUCUACGGAAACAUCCCUGAAAUGAAAAGUAUUCACCUUCAAACCCGUUCCAUGGCUGCGACAAACAGUGAUGAACUGUCUCAUGCUUGGCCUGCCGCUGUAUUCCCACAUCUUCAGCAGUGGCGAAAUGAAUACGGACCAAUAUUCUUGUAUUCUACUGGAAGCAUUCAAACACUUUGCAUCAUGGACCCAGAAAUGGCGAAGGAAGUAAGCCUUGGGAACUCCUCAAAUUUGGGGAAACCCUCUUAUAUAUCUAGAGAUUAUAGCCCUCUGUUUGGUCAAGGCAUUUUUUCAUCAAACGGCCCUUACUGGACUUUCCAAAGGAAGAUAAUUGCUUCUGAAUUCUACCUCGACAAGGUCAAGGACAUGGUAAGCCUCAUGGUUGAUACCACCUCCACAAUCUUACAAUCAUGGGAGACCAAGACUAAAGAUCAAAGGGGAGAUGUUGAAAUUAGAGUUGAUGAGGAUUUGACAACCCUAUCAGCAGACAUAAUCUCAAGAGCUUGCUUCGGGAGCAGCUACUCCCAGGGGGAAAAGAUAUUCUUAAAGCUUCACACUCUUCAAAAGAUCAUGUCAAAGGUGCUUAUUGGAGUCCCAGGGUUAAGGUAUGUUCCCAGCAAACAUAACCGAGAUAUGUGGCGAUUAAAGGAAGAGAUAGAUUCCAUGAUAUUAGAAGUGGUAAAAACGAGAACUGAAACUGCGCACGAUAAAGACCUUCUACAACUGAUACUUGAUGCCGCUAAGAGCGAAGGAGAGAAGAGCCACUUUACCAGUGAUUUUGCCGCCAAUAAGUUCAUAAUUGAUAACUGCAAGAGUAUUUACUUUGCGGGGCAUGAGACCACGGCCACCUCAGCAUCCUGGUGUUUGAUGUUAUUGGCUGCACAUCCAGACUGGCAAGCUCGUGUUCGUGGAGAAGUGCUUGAAGUUUGCGGACACAAUCCUCCGGAUGCAGAUAAGUUUCGAAGCAUGAAAAUGCUCAACAUGGUAAUUCAGGAGGCACUACGUCUUUACCCACCAUCGGCUUUUUUGGUAAGAGAAGCCUUGCAAGACAAAAAUUUGAAAGGCAUACGAAUUCCGAAAGGCUGCAACAUUCAGAUUCCUAUAGCAUUUUUACACCAACAACCUGAACUAUGGGGAAGAGAUGCACGUAGGUUCAAACCAGAAAGGUUUGCAGAUGGAACAACAAGAGCCUGUAAAGUUCCACAAGCUUAUAUGCCAUUUGGAGCUGGGUCUCGCAUUUGUGCAGGUCAGCACUUUGCAAUGGCAGAAUUGAAGGUGAUCUUAUCCCUUGUUCUCUCAAGGUUCAGUUUCUCCUUGUCACCAACAUAUUGCCACUCCCCUGCCUUUCAACUAGUCAUAAAGCCUCAGCAUGGGGUUAAGCUUCAUGUUAGAAGACUGUAAAGAACAUUUCAAAGUGCAGUGUUAUCCUAGAGAAGUGGAGUGUUAUUAUGCUGUGAUGUAGUUAUGCAGCUAUUGUUCCUCUUCAGAAGUUUGGAAAUCUCUGCUCCUGACUUGAAGAAUAUUAUGGAACACGAGCUGAAAAGGCUUUAUCUCUUCCCAGAACAAAGACGAACCAAAUUUAACCCAUGGAGCUUAAAUCUUCCAGCGUUGACAUUAUUCUUAUAUAAUGUAUUGUAAAGCAGGUUUUAUUUA